ACUCAUGAAAUGUAGGAAGACCAAGGAGGCAUCCGUCUAGGUGAGGCAGCAGAGCUCACAGAGGAGAGAGAUUUAUUGGUCACCGACAGAGAAGCAUGGGAUAAUUGAGAGUUGAAAAUUUGAAUGAAGAUGGACCCAGUUGGAAGAGAGAGGGAGAGGUAGAAUGGUGAAUGGAUUACUGGAGGUGGUGCCGGUGGAUGCUGCAAGAUUCGGAGAUACUGAAUGUUUCCUCGGAGGGAUAGACCCGUAUGUGUUGAUCAAAUAUAAAAGUCAUGAGCGAGAGAGCAGUGUCGCCAGAGGAGAAGGUUCCAAACCAAUGUGGAAUGAGAAGUUCAAUUUCAGGGUGCAAUAUCCAGAUGAUUCUGGGGGAAGUGAUCCGUACAGGCUCUUCUUCAAGGUCAUGGACAAAGACACUUUCUCCGCUGACGAUAUGGUUGGUCAAACAGUGAUCUAUCUGGAGGAUCUGUUGGCACUAGGAGUGGAGAAGGGAAGGGCUGAAAUACACCCUCGCAAGUACAGCGUUGUUGGCCCUAAUCAAUCUUACAAUGGAGGGAUUCAAGUCGGCCUCAUUUUCACCCCCAAUAAGGUGAGUGAAGAUGAAAAUGAGGAAGAAUUUGGAGGAUGGAAAGAAGCCUUUCACCUCCAUCACAGGGAUGAUGAUGAUGAGGAGUAAUUAGAUGCAUUCCUUAAAUUCCUGUAAAAAUUUGGAAUGUUUCAUGACGAACUAUAGUUUUUUGUUGUGUAAUUGAGAGUCUUUUAAUUGAAUAUCGUGAUUAGAUUUUUUAGUUUUUUUUCUAAUGAACUUUGUGAUUGCCUUUAUACUCUCUCUGAAUUUAUUUACUUCCUUCGUCCAAGU